AUGUCCUUCAGCACCUCUUUCGACUUCACCAACACCCGCUGUUAUAUGUGUUCAUACGCCAGAAGUCAAGGCGAAAGAACUUGCAGCGUCUGCUUGGGUGCAGCUCGACUCGAUAAUAACAACUUCUCAAAGCCCACGAACAUCAGCCCCAGACGCGAACCACGCUACAUCCGAGCCUCUAUGCUUUGGUUGAUCAUGGAAAGAUACGGGAGCAACAUCACAGCGCUCAAAAUGGCGUUGGAAGCCGCCGUAAAAACCAUGGACAACGACAAGAUGCUUCCGAUGAAGCCAGACAACCCCGCUGUUAUGUUGGCGAAGGGCGACUUUGGUAAAAACGUACCGGCGAUCUGGCUUGAGCCAGCAGAGGGCGCGGCGCCGACGAUGGACUUUUGUUCCUGGACAAACCUUGAAUGUCCAACAUGGGGAGGCAACGAGGUCUACGUGUGCAUGGAGAAAGGGUUUGAAAGGUCGGUCCAUAUCAGAAGCGGGGAGUGUGAAAAGUGUGUGUUGGGGGUAUGGAUGAAUGCUGGCGCUCGUUUGAUGCUUGGGGGUUGGACUGAGUUGGAGGAAAGGCGACUGGACUGGGAAGAUGACUGUGAUUGGAAGACAGGAGAACAGAAGAAGAGGGGAGUGAAGCGUGCGUUUCGCACUUUUCGAAAGAGUUUUCGAAAGUGUUUUCGAAGUCGAGACCCACGGCAGAAACUCAUCUGGGAUUGA